CGAGGGUAUUGUUAAUGCAAUCGAUAUACGGCCAUUACCAAAUCAUAGUUUUCUAACCUCAACCAUUUUGCUUCCGGGCAUAGGUUGUACACGCUGCGGGUUAUUUUCGUUUAAUUCGUGAUAGACCGACAGAAAAGAGUUCACCAUGGCUCGGUACAGCCAACGUCCUGAAAAUGCUCUUAAGAGAGCCAAUGAGUUUAUUGAUGUGGGAAAACCAGCUAGAGCCUUAGAUACACUAUAUGAAGUAUUUAGGAACAAAAAAUGGGCUUACAAUUGGAGCGAAAGUUUGCUGGAACCUAUUAUGUUCAAGUAUUUGGAUCUUUGCGUGGAACUGAAAAAAUCGUUGAUCGCCAAAGAAGGUUUAUUCCAGUACCGAAAUAUGUUUCAGUCUGUAAAUGUUGGCUCAUUAGAAAAUGUAAUCCGAGGAUACCUCCGAAUGGCUGAAGAGAAAACUGAAUCUGCUAGAGAACAAUCCCAACAAGCAGUGGUCGAUAUCGAUGAUUUAGAUAAUCUUGCUACACCAGAGAGCAUAUUGCUGAGUGCUGUUAGCGGCGAAGAUGCUCAGGAUAGAAGCGACAGAACAAUUCUUACUCCUUGGGUAAAGUUUUUGUGGGAAUCUUAUUGCCAAUGUUUGGAACUGCUCCGAACCAAUGCUCAUUGUGAAACCCUCUACCACGACAUCGCUCGCAUGGCAUUUAACUUCUGUUUGAAAUAUAAUCGAAAAACAGAAUUUAGGAAGCUGUGUGAUAAAUUAAGAAAGCAUUUAGAAGAUAUUAGCAAAUUGCCAGUUCAGGUUGCUAAUGUAAGUCUCAAUAAACCUGAAACGCAGCAGUAUAAUUUGGAAACCAGAUUGGUUCAGUUGGACUCAGCUAUUCAGAUGGAAUUGUGGCAGGAAGCUUAUAAAGCAAUUGAAGAUAUACAUGGUUUAAUGAACAUGUCUAAAAAACCGCCGGUGACGAAGACUAUGGCGAAUUACUAUCAAAAGUUAGCGAUGGUCUUCUGGAAAGCCGGUUACUACCUUUUCCACGCUGCUGCUUUGUUUAAACUUUUCCAGCUUUCUAAAGAUAUGAAGAAAAACAUCACAUCUGAUGAGCUCCAAAGAAUGGCUUGCUGUGUUCUUUUGGCUACACUUUCAAUACCAUUGCCGUCUGCCCAUCCAGAGUUUGACAGGUUUAUCGAAACCGAUAAGUCUCCUCUUGAGAAAGCACAGCGCCUGGCUGUUCUUCUUACUCUUCAGCAGCCACCGACAAGGGCGUCACUCAUCAGGGAUCUGGUGAGAAUGAACGUCGUCCAGUUAGCAUCCCCUCAGCUUCAGGAACUGUAUCAGUGCCUGGAGAUUGAUUUCAACCCUUUAACACUCUGCCUGAGGGUGAGCGCGGUUACUUCACAGCUCCAAGGUGACGAACAGUACAUUCCUCCUCUGCAGGAUGUGACAUUGGUGAAAUUGAUCCGUCAAGUAUCUCAAGUCUAUCAGACUAUUGAUUUCAGCCGCCUCCUUGAGCUAGCUCUCUUUACCACUCCUUUCCAUCUUGAAAGGCUUCUCGUUGACUGUGUCAGACACAAUGACAUGCAGAUACGUAUUGAUCACGGAGCUGGAUGUGUACACUUCGGCACGGACCUGACUGAAUGCCCGAGGGAAGAGAAGCAGGACGGACCCAUCCUCCAGAGCAUGCCCAGCGACCAGUUGAGAACGCAACUUAUCAAUAUGGCCAACGUUCUUCAGAGCGCAAUUAGUAUUAUCAACCCUAACGUUAACAAGGCCGAAAAAGAUAAAGUUAGAGUACAAUUAGUUCAGCACUACACUGAAAAUAUGACUAAAGAACAUCAAAGAAUCCUUGCCCGACAUAAGAUUAUUGAAGAUAGGAAGGAAUAUCUCGAACGGUUGAAUACAGUUAGGGAAGAACAAGAGCAAAGGAAGGCAGAAGAACAAGCCAGGCAGCAAGCGUUGGCCGAGCAACGCCGUCUCGAUCAAGAAAGGGAAGAAAGAGAAAGGAAGCGUCAUGAAAGCGAAAUACAACAAAUUAAGGACAGACAUUUGAAGGAAAAAAUGCAGCAAAUAUCUCUGACUCCUCAUGGUCAAAAAAUACUUAAGAAAUUGGAUGAAGAGGAAAUAAAAAAAAUGGACGCUGAGCAAAUAGCAGCUAAGGAAGCUGAAGAACUCCAGAAAGAAAGGCGAGAAAUGCAACAAAAACUUAAAUCCCAAGAAAAGAAAGUUGACUAUUUUGAAAGAGCCAAGAGACUCGAGGAAAUACCACUCCUUCAACAGAGUUUUAGGGAUAAACAGGUUGAAGAGAAAACUCUGUGGGAAGAGCAAGAAGCUCGAAGAAUUGCUGAAUUAGUUCAAGAAAGAGAGAAAGCAGUCGAGACUCGCAAGAGAAUGGCUAGAAUGAAGGCAGAUAAAGAUGCAUUCUUAGAGAAACUUUUUGCUGCUCGCAAUAAGAUUUAUCAGGAGAAGAGAAGUGAAUAUGAAAAGAAAAUAUCAGAAGAAAGAAAGAAACGUCUCGCUGAAAGAAGGGAACUGAGGAUAAAGGAAAGGAAAGAGACCUGGGAGAAAGAGAGAGAAGAAGAAAGGAUAAGGAAGGAAGAAGAAGAGGAGAAGCAAAGGAUUGAAGAUGAAAGGAUUCGAAAAGAAGAGGAAGAGGCACAAAAGAAAGCAGAAAAACUCGAAGAGGAGAGGAAACGUAACGAAGCAUUGAAGAGACAGGCUGAGAUUCAGAGGAAAAGGGAAGAAGAGGCUAUUAAAAAACAAGAAGAGAAAGAAAAAGCUCUUCUCCAACAGCAGAAGCAAUGGGCUGGAGCCAGCGCAGCUUCUGAAAAGGAAAAGCCUGCUGGCCCGUGGAGGCCAACUCGCUUGCGAACAGAACCUGAUAGUAAGCCUGCAGAAAAAGAAAAGGGUCCGGAACCAGCAGCCGCUCCAGCUUCCUCUUGGAGGCGAAAGGGCGAGGAUGAUAAGAGAGAUGAUGAUCGAACAGGAGAUAGGUUUCCAUCGCGCAGAGGUGCUGACGACGACCGUGAAAGGGAUAGGUUUGUUAGUAGGAGAGGUGGCGAUGAUGAUAAAUUCAGUAGUAGGAGAGGCGGCGAGGACGAUAAAUUCAGUAGUAGGAGAGGUGGAGAUGAUGAUAAAUUCGUUAGUAGGAGAGGUGGCGAUGAUGAUAAGUUUAUGAGGCGCGGAGGAGACAGGGACGAUGACAGGUUCAGCUCAAGAAGGGAUGAUGAUAGAUUCGGCAGGAGAGGAGGGGACGAUGAUCGUUUUGGCAGGAGGGGAGGAGACGAUGAUAGGUUUGGAAGAAGAGGGGGAGAUGACGACCGUUUCGGAAGGAGAGGAGAUGAUGACAGAUUUGGAAGGAGGGGUGGAGAUGAUGACAGGUAUGGCAGAAGAGGAAUGGACCGAGAUGAUGAUCGUUUCAGGAGGGAUGCACCUUCGGACAGGAGGCCAGAACCGUCUAGCGGAGGAAGCUGGAGAAGAGGACCUGCUCCGGCUGAAUCGGAACCCCAAGAAGCACCUCCCAGGAGAGCUCCUCAGACCGAAGAGAAAAGUGAAAGCAAAUGGAGGCGAAGCGAGCCAGCGCCUCAGAAGCCGAGCCAGCCACCUCCACCUGCUGCUGCUGCUGAUAAAGGUGACGAAAGUGGAGACGAUGGAAAUUGGAAGAAAGUCUCAAGGCGCUAGUAUAUAUUGUGCAGUAUAUAAAAAAAAUUAUACCGUUACAAUUACGUUAAAAAAUGUAUAAUUGUACUUUAAGUUCAUUAUUAUUCAGCCUGAUUUAUGAUUAUUUAAAAUAUUUUAAACGAGGCUGUUAAAAACGUUUAUUGUUUUCUACGAUAUGUAUAACUUCAUGCAUCCAGAAGUUCUGUAAUGGCUAUUAUUUGUUUAUUCUAACAUUUCUUUUAAAUUAAUUGUUUACUAUAUUGGUGGUUUAUAUUAUACGUGAUAUGAUUG